AUGAGCUCUACCGCACACUCAAACUUUUUCCAGCGAGGGCGAAUCAAUGCGAAAGAUCUCACCAGACAGGACCCAAAGUAUAUACUAGACUAUGCAGCUCGUUAUGAUAUUCCGAAGAUUCUUGCACCGGAAGAGAUCGUUGAUAGGAUAUUCAACGGAAGACAAAAAUUUAUACCCAUCCUCCCGAAUCACACCUGGGCUUUAGAGGACGACUGUAUUGUUCUUAUUGAGCGAAGGGAGCCCCCCAAAUUUCCUCAUUAUCAGUCUCUACCGUCAAACACCUGUCCACCAUUAGGAGAUGCAUUCCCAGAGCCGCCUGAGGAUACUUUUUCCCGAUCUCCUAGUCCCACCUCCGAUAAAUCUGCUGAGGAACGCUCUUUCCUUCGCUUGCGUUUACCUUUAGUCUACCCCCCAGUGGGCGUUAACGAUCAAGCAGUUCCGGAUGGUUGGCUUCAGCAAAUGCUCGAAGAAUAUCAGGAGGACCACGAAACAGUGGUCGCCGAUUUGCAGAAACUAGUAGAAGAAGUGGAGAGUGUUUCUUAUGAAACCGUACGAGUAAUGUCCAAGAUUCGUAAAGAGCAAGCAGACACUUGGCGUCUUCUCGACAUCGUCAAAGAAGUUUGCGGAUCCGAAUUCCUUGACAAAGUUCUGCGGGACGUUCACGCCACGACUAGAUUCGAGAUGAAUCGCAAGACCUCCGGGUCUUCCUCCCAGCUGAUUCCGCCUACCGCAGAUGAAGACGGCGGUAAAAUUCGAAGCAAGAAGUUCACCAAAGAUAAACAAAUUUUCAGUAUGACCAGAGGAUCAGCGCUCCCGCUUGAUGAAUCGAGCGACGUGCCAGGUCCCUCCGAGCAGCCCUCGAAUUCACAAGCUCGUGCGUCUUUCUCCACAGGCCCUUUAGUUGACACGCCUGUUGCUCGAAAAUUGGCUACAGCUACGCCUCAUCCUUCUUCUGCGCCAGAAUCUUUUAGUCCCGUUACUCAGCCCACUGCUUCUUCUGACCUCGACAACACAAUGAAUCCAACCAUUAAGUCACUGGCAGUACCCGCUCGUAACAAGCGUUCUCGUCCAAAUUCUUCGAACGACACAUCUGACGAUGUUGGUUCAGUCGCCUCGCGUUUAAAACGGCGAAAGGCCUCCCUUGCCGCAAGUUCAGACCCCGCUCCGCAGGGUAACACCCCGACUGCUGCUCCCCCACCAGUAUCUACCUCUCCUGUUAUUCCAUCCGUCCCUUCUAACCCUGUAGACCGGGCCAUCUCGUCCGCCCAACCAGUCCAGCGAUCUGAUGGACCUUUUAAUUUGUGGGGGCCUAUGCCUGUCCAUAUGCACCGGGUUCCUGCUACUAGACAGACAGCUUCGAGUUCCGCUCAUGUAGCGGCUAGCUCCAACAAUCCCUCGAUCACUGCGAGCGGACUUCCGCGCAUCGAGGAAUCCUACAAUUUAUGGACGGCUAAGUUUCCAAUACCGUUUGAACGUAGACGCAAUCUCAGCCCCGAUCCAGCCGACUCUAGUCAACCCGCCACCGAUUCCAACCAACCGAAUGUUGGGAAUUUGUUAAAUGCCCCGAGCUCCAGCUCCGUAACCAGCUCCAGUUUGCCCAUAGCAAGCUCGAGUCGACCAACAACUACCUCCAGUCAACCAAUAGCCAGCUCUAGUCAACCCACAGCCAGUUUCAGCCAACCUACCGAACGUCGAAGACCCGCUCCUUUAAAACGGGCUAACGAACGACUCAUGAUGAACAGUGACGGAACACUCGAGCUAAUCGAUAUCGACACCCCAGAACGCAUAGCUGCUAGUGAGGAGCUCGUCCGAGAUGCGCAGAGAAAAGGACAUUACUUCACCCUUACUACGAUAGCGGAACAAUGCGCGCCGAGAUAUCCCUUCCUCUUCGCCGGAAAGAAGGAGGACGAUUAUCAUUCUAUAUGCCCGCCGAGCCCAAGAGCAGGUUGGGGAUACAAGUGA